UUGCCAGGUGCAUCUGUGAACAGCUCCUCAGUAAUGAACCAGUGCAGCUGCAGGGCGAUGGAAGAAAACAAGGAAAGACCAAAACGGCAGCGGCAGAACAACUUUCCCAUGUUCCCUGCCCCUAGAGCCUGGAAUUUCAGAGCGCGCAAACGGAAGCAGAGUACCCAAGAUGAAGAUGCCAUCAGCCUUUGUAGUCUUGACAUAAGCGAGCCGAGCAAUAAACGGGUCAAACCCCUCUCCAGAGUCACGUCAUUAGCAAACCUCAUCCCACCUGUGAAGGCCACGCCGUUAAAGCGCUUCGGCCAAACCCUGCAGCGUUCCAUCAGCUUCCGCAGUGAGAGCCGGCCUGACGUCCUUGCCCCCCGACCCUGGUCCAGGAAUGCCGCCUCGUCAAGCACAAAGCGAAGAGACAGCAAGCUGUGGAGUGAGACCUUCGACGUGUGUGUCAAUCAGGUGCUCACGUCCAAGGAAAUUAAGCGUCAGGAGGCCAUCUUUGAGCUUUCCCAAGGAGAAGAAGACUUGAUAGAGGACUUGAAAUUAGCAAAAAAGGCCUACCAUGACCCGAUGCUGAAACUCUCCAUCAUGACUGAACAGGAGUUGAAUCAGAUUUUCGGAACACUGGACUCUCUAAUCCCUCUACAUGAAGAUCUCCUCAGUCAGCUUCGAGAUAUUCGGAAGCCUGAUGGCUCAACUGAGCACGUGGGACCCAUCCUCGUGGGCUGGCUGCCUUGUCUCAGCUCCUAUGACAGCUACUGUAGCAACCAAGUCGCUGCCAAAGCUCUCCUGGACCACAAGAAGCAAGAUCACCGAGUCCAGGACUUCCUGCAACGCUGUUUAGAAUCCCCCUUUAGCCGCAAGCUAGACCUCUGGAAUUUCCUUGAUAUUCCAAGAAGCCGCCUGGUGAAAUACCCCCUGCUGCUUCGAGAAAUCCUGAGGCACACACCGAAUGACAACCCUGAUCAACAGCACCUAGAAGAAGCAGUCAACAUCAUUCAGGGCAUCGUGGCAGAAAUCAACACCAAGACUGGGGAAUCUGAAUGCCGCUAUUAUAAAGAGCGGCUCCUUUACUUGGAGGACGGUCAGAAAGACUCCCUGAUUGACAGCUCGAGAGUGCUGUGUUGUCAUGGCGAACUGAAGAACAACCGAGGCGUGAAACUACAUGUUUUCCUGUUCCAAGAAGUACUCGUGAUCACUCGAGCCGUCACCCACAAUGAGCAGCUCUGCUACCAGAUGUACCGGCAGCCGAUCCCCGUGAAGGAUCUUCUGCUGGAGGAUCUGCAGGACGGAGAAGUGAGGUUGGGUGGCUCCCUGCGAGGAGCCUUCAGCAACAAUGAGAGAAUUAAAAACUUUUUCAGAGUAAGCUUCAAAAAUGGAUCCCAAAGUCAGACCCACUCGCUACAAGCCAAUGACACCUUCAACAAACAGCAGUGGCUUAACUGUAUCCGGCAAGCCAAAGAAACCGUUCUGUGCGCAGCUGGGCAGGCUGGGGUGCUGGACUCGGAGGGGCCGUUCAUAAAUCCCGCCACUGGGAGCAGGGAGCCACAGGGAGAGACAAAACUGGAGCAGAUGGACCAAUCGGACAGUGACUCAGACUGUAGUAUGGACACGAGCGAGGUCAGCCUCGACUGUGAGCGCAUGGAACAGACAGACUCUUCCUGUGGGGACAGCAGGCAUGUCGAAAGCAAUGUCUGACAGAAGCACAUGGACUCUCUGGAAGUCGCCCUGUGUCUUACCUGUACAGUAUUUGCAUUCCACACAUGGAACGGUUUGGAGAAGCACUUUUUAAAUAUUUCUGUGACCGUGUUGACCCAGUCAGUCACUUAUCCCUGUACCUUUGUCCCUAGUACUGUAACUGCCAACCUGUCUGUAAGCUGGAAUCUGGGUAAGCAACUAUGACCCUGUGUUACGUUGCACAAGUGGAUGGAUGAUGGAUGGAGAGGUACUUGAGCAAGUUACUUUCAAAAUUGUCCUGCUGGAUUUUAAAACAGAAAAAAGAAUUUCUAAACUGCUUUCCAUAGAUUGCUUCCAGAGCCCUUCCAUGCUCCGC